GGUGUGAGCCGUAGAGGAGGAGCAUGUCGGGUGUGCAAGCCGUCACCGAUGGGAAGAUGGUGGAACCUGGAGAAGCAACGUGCACGAUACUCCGUCCCAAACAUUUCAAAAUACAUUUACCAUCACAACCUGGCAUUAGAUAUCGGUUACCUGGGGACAACCAUAGAUAAUAAAUACUAAAACCAAGACUGAAUUUGAAGUAUUUUAAUUUUGGUGCCAGGCGCAUCUUUCAUUGGUAGAGCCUAAAGCGUUGAGCCAAACGGCACAGAUCGCAUAAUUUUGAUUCUCUGGAGAGGAUUUCUUGGCUGAUAAAUUGUUGACCGUCUACAGCUUAUUGUUCUAUAUAAUCUGUUUCUUUUGGGCUUGUUUUGGAGCGGCUGUCAUAAUGCCACGAAAUAAAAAGGGGAAACGCGGCGGGAACAGCUCCGGUAAGGGCUCACUUCGACAGGAAGUGCUUCUGCUGCAGUUGUCAAAGACAGCCGUGUCACGUGCAGGGAGAAAUGGGGUGAGAGGCGAGUCUGGUGUGAGUGAUGAUGAUUUGGCGUCGGAGGUUCUCAGUCACUACAGCAGCGCAAGCGAGAGUGCAUCAGUCAUAGAGGAAGCCACAGGUGAGGUGGUAGAUGAACAAACCGCUCAGGAAGAAACAGAAGACAAACUGAAGCAGUGCAUCGACAAUCUGAUGGACAAAAGUGCUAAGACCCGUUUGGCUGCACUAGAAAGUCUCCGCUUGGCGUUUUCUUCCAGAGUCCUGUAUGAGUUUUUGUUAGAGAGACGUUUCACCAUCAGUGACUGUCUGGAAAGGAGCUUGAAGAAAGAUCAGAAAUAUUCACGCAAUCAUAUAGCAAGUACCAGAAGAUCUGCACUCCAGCGAGGAGGAGGAGAGGAGCAGGCCGCUGCUGCUACAGUGUGUGCUCUCUUGUGUGUGCAGCUUGGGGGAGGAGUUGAAGGCGAGGAGGGCUUUAAGAUGCUCCGCCCCAUCCUCAGCUCCAUUUUGAUUGACAGCUGUGCCAGCCUGUCAGCUCGACAGAGUUGCGCUCGAGCUCUGGGUAUGUGCUGCUACGUGUCUGCCUCAGAAGAUGCAGAGGAUCUGCUCAAAUCUAUUGGUCAUUUGGAGAGUGUGUUUGUGGGUGCAUAUCCCCUGGGUGAUGGCACUCUGCCAUCUGUCAAAGCCGGGAUCCCUGCGCUCCACAGCGCCGCCCUUCAGUCUUGGGCUUUGCUCUGCACCCUUUGUCCUGCAUCACGCAUCAACACCAUUCUGAACCACCACAUGCCACGUCUACACGCGUGUUUAGAAAGCAGUGAGGUGAACUUCAGGAUUGCUGUGGGAGAGACCAUUGCUCUGCUGUAUGAACUGGGACGGGACAUCGAUCAGGAGUUUGAGUAUGAGGACUGCGAUGCAUUGUGUGACAGUCUAAAGAACUUGGCAACUGAUGGAAACAAACAUCGUGCUAAAAAUGACCGCAGGAAACAACGCUCAAUCUUCAGGGAGGUGCUGCACUACAUAGAGAAUGAAGAUUUCACAGAGGAGAAGAUCCAGUUUGGGAUUGAGGCCAUCUACAUUGAUGGCUGGAUGCGCCACAGGAUUUAUGAUGCCUUUAAGGAAGUGCUUGAGUCUGGAGUCAGACACCACCUACAGUUUAAUCCUUUGUUGAGGGAUAUUUUUGGACUUGGACCUCCUCUCAUCCUGGAUGCGUCUGUCAAAGCAAGCAGGAUCUCCCGCACAGAGAAGCAUCUGUUUAACUCUGCUGCAUUCAAGGCCCGGACUAAAUUAAGGAACAAAGUGAGGGACAAACGUGCCGACGUAAUGUGAGGAUGAAGGCGACAGAGAGAAACACUACAUCCUUAAAAUUCCCACGGCUCACUUGAAAUUAUACUUUGACAUACUGCCAAGCCAGUGACUUGACAAUGGACAUGCGUGCGAGACUGUCUGUCUGUCUGAGUGUGUGUGAGUGUGAAAGGCUGGGUGUGUGUAUGAAGUGUUGUGUUUUUAUUUAACAUCACAGUGUGAAAGCUAGGAAUCCUUAACUUAAACCAACAUGAAAUAUAACAACCUCUUGUAAGGCUGAAUUCAGCUUUUCUGUUGAAACCUGUUACCUCCCCAAGUGUUUUUGGGAAAAAGAGAAUUUUUAUCAAAACGUCAAAAACUUUUUACAGCUCUGCAGCAAACAAAGAGGCCAAGAAAAAUUUAUUCUUUGUAGAUUUUCUAUAUGCAUUUUAUAAGUGGACUAUGCUGAUGCACCAAUGAUCUGAUGAUGCAAACAAAUGAAAAUACAUAUCUGACUGCAGUUUACCAGUUAGUGUAGACCAUUUUGUUAAACCUCUCACCACCACUAAAUCAACCAUGUUUCACGUCUUAAUUCUACUCCGCUUCUGAAAAGGUUUUUAUUUUAGUUUUUACACUAUUGUACCUUCACCCCAAGCUCAUGUAUGCUCAUUUAGAUCAUGCUUUUAACAAUUCUUUUGAAUUUCUUUCUGAAUAUCCAAAACCACCAUGUCACAAGUUUUCUUUGAAGCAAAUGUACUGUAUGCAGCAGAAUAAAUUACGUAACUAUC